CAGCAGGCCGUGCGGCGCGGCGCUGUCGUGGCGCUGCCGGUGAACGAGGCGGGCGGAGCAGCGGCGGCCAGGCCGAGCUCCGCUCCCGCUUCUUUUGGUGCGGCCGUCCCGCUCCUCACCCUCCUCCUCCCGACCCUCUUCGGCGGCUCCGGGCACAGCCAUGCGGCGCGCGGGGCUGGGUGAUGGGGCGCCAGCUGGUAACUAUGGCUAUACUAACAGUGGGUACAGUGUAUAUGAAGAAGAAAAUGAAAGGUUAACAGAAAGUCUGCGCACCAAAGUCAGUGCAAUAAAAUCACUUUCUAUUGAGAUUGGAACAGAAGUUAAAAAUCAAAACAAAUUGUUAUCAGAAAUGGUAAUACUCUACUUCUCCCUGGUUACUCAAUGAGGGAAUUUUACUGAUUCACAGAAAAUGUUAGGGUUGACAUUCCCUUCCUGUGGUCGGUGUGACAGGUCCUCAAAGUGACGGUGUUUGCUGAAUGUCACAACAUGGGGCAGAUACGUGGCAGCUCGUCCUCCUCAAUGAAGCAGGAAACAUCGUGACUUUUACCAAUGCCUCUGACAAUGUGCCACUUGGAAGAAAAGAUCGCACUUGUGACCCAGUUUUGCAAAGUAACAUUCUUGAAAAACUUGAUAAAAACAGAAAGAAAAAUAAAAAAUAGGUAAUUCAUUUUCCAUUUAUGUUUUAAAUUUGUUUCCCUGAAAAUUUAUUUUAAAAGGUUAAAAAAAAAAAAGAGAAGGAAGGAAACACCCCACACACAUUCUAGUAUUUGGCCAUGAGGAAGAUAACUAAUAAGAUUGAAGCACAUUAUAUCUCAUGCUAUAUUUUAUACUAAAAUAUUUUAUAAAAAGAAAAACAACUCUCUAAAGUGGUAACAACAAAGAAAGAAAAAAAAGAAUUGCAGCAAACUGCCUCUGCCAAAUUUUAGGGAGCAGUCAAAGCAAGCAUGCCAGGAUCAGUCCCUCAAGUGCUUAAACGCAACCAAUGCUUUUUAUUGUCAUAUGAAUAGCCAUGAAUAGAGAAUGAGAAGAAACGUCCAUCUGAGGGCCAGAAAAGAAUGAACAUGUGCCGACCUAAAUACAAAAUUACUGAAGGCAUGCACAUAGUCUGGAAAUAUCAGAGCCUUCAGCAAAAUGCUUGUGGUUGUAAAACUAUCUGCAGGACUGAAAGCUUGCAAUGCCUGUAAAGUUGUGGUGUAACAAACCACAUUCAUCAGGCAACCGGCUCUGAUGAACACUUUUUCUCUCAUUUACCACAACUGAUUAUCUCUGAAAUUUGCAAUUUGACACAAGAGGUGGGCUUUGUCCUCACUCCCAGAGCUCUUCACCCAUUUUACAUCAGAUUGUCUGUGGAUAAAUGCAAAAUCAACUUGGGGCACAGUAAGUCCUGGUUCCCUCCUAGCAAAGACACUGUGGGAUGGAGCUCCAUCUCUCUUGGUCGCAGCAGGGACCAAAGAUUCCCUUCCCAGAUUGUUCAUCAUCAUCAUUCUGGAAAAAAGGAGAAUUGAGACCUGCUGUCCCACUUCCUGAAAGACUGUGCUGGUUGCCAGGCUGUUGUGCAAAGCUGGACAGUACCAAGCUGCUGGUGGUUUCAGACAUGAGUGAUCUCACCUGCUGGACUUUGUGUUUUGAUGCUGUCACUACUCGUCACUCUGCCUGGAACAUGACUAAUGCUGCUGGCCGCUCUGCUGCCUGGGGAAUGUCUCUGCAGCCUAGAGCUUCUCAUUGUUCUAGCUUAACCUCCAAACUGAGCAUAAAAGUGCAUAAUUAAGUCCAUACAGUCCACAUAUAUCUUGGCUACAUUUCAGAAGGCAAUCUUUCAGGCAGUGUUCUUUUUGCUUGGAGGAGAACUCCUUCUUAUUCCUUUGGUGAGGCAGUGCUUACGCUGACCAGUCAUGCAAAUGGGGAGUGGUCAAAUGCAGUUACCAAAGAUAAGAAGAGCACAAGGUGCAGAACUGUAUAAAUCAAAACAAAUCUUGACAAGAUUUCAGUGUGCAAAACGGUUCUAAGUUCUCCUAAGGUGGCACAGUAACUGCUGUUUAAUA